AGUGACUGGAUUUAGGAAACUGGAGGAGGGAGCAGCUCUGUAUACUUUGAGAGAUCUUUGGACUUUUUUAAUUUUGCUGACGGAAAAAUAAACAGUUGAAUCGAUAGUCAAAUCAGUUUUGCGGGGGCGGUAUCUGUGACUCUAAAGUCUAUUUUUUUUUCUCAGAUCAUGCCACGUUUGAGAUCACGCCUGUGAUGGGCUGAGCGAGUCAUCACCCUCCUCCUGCAGAGUCACAGCCGAGAAAAGUUAGCGAAGUUGUCUCAGCGUGUGCGUUUUUAAAAUCUUCAGUGUCUCCUGCAGCCGCCAGCCUGCUGUCCGCCGGCCCGCCCAGCAUGCGGGACUGAAGGCGGAGGAAUGGCAUCGGCUGUGUUUGAAGGCACGUCGCUGGUCAACAUGUUUGUCCGGGACUGCUGGGUCAACGGGAUCCGGAGACUCAUCAUCAGCCAGCGGGGAGAGGAAGAGGAGUUCUUCGAGAUCAGGACAGAGUGGUCUGACAGGAACAUUUUAUACUUGCAUCGGAGUUAUUCCGACCUGGGGCGGCUGUUUAAAAGACUGCUGGAGUCCUUUCCUGAGGACAGAAGAGACCUCUCCAAGUCUCCACUCAUAGAAGGGCUGGUAAAAAUCAAAGAGGCAAACGACAUUGAGGAGAAACUUAACGAGGUGGAAAGACUACUGAAGAACGCCAUCAACAUGCCGUGCAAGUACUCCAGGUCAGAGGUGAUGUUGACCUUCUUUGAGCGGUCGCCGUUGGACCAGGUGCUGAGGAAUGACAAAGUCCACAGAAUCCAGCCGUGCUUUCAGAGUCCAAUCAAGAUAUCAGAAAUCAUGCGGUCCAAUGGAUUCUGUCUGGCCAAUACGGAAACCAUCGUCUUUGAUCAUAGUGUCCCUGAGGAAAAAGAGAGACCCUCAUCCACUGACUCUGUGGAACAUACGUAUGAGGAUGGAACAGAGUUUCUGCCGUUGGAGGCAGACGUGUGUGAUGAGGAAACAGAAGCGUAUGUCACCAACCUUUCCUACUACCAUCUGGUCCCGUUUGAAACUGACAUCCUGGAAUGAGAGACUGAUGCCUGUUGAUGGACAUCUGAUGCUAUUACAGAGGACGUGGAAGCUAUGCAACGCUGCACAUAGCUACUCCGACUAAAUGCUGCUUAUAUUAUCGAACUCUAGAGCUGCUCUUCUUGCCCGUUUUGGAGUCGGUGCAGAUGGACCGCAUGCACGGAAAUAUUGGAAGAACAGCAGCGCCAUUUUAUUUGUGCCACUUUAAGCGACGUCACCAGUGUGCCUCAUUCAGGGCCUUAUUGAGUGUGUCCAGAAAGGACAUGACAGGACUGUGUGUGCUGGCUGCAGAGGGCUUUCGGGGUUUUAACACAACCUGGGGCAAGCUCCUUCAGUCCUGAAGCAGACGCAGACAGCUGGAGAGGUUUCAAAACAAUUCGUCACAUGUCAACCACAAUUUGGAGACAAAUUUACAGUAUUUGACCGUUCACUGUUACUUAAAAACUGAGCUGAAUCAACCAGCACUCUUUAUUUUUCUAUCUGAGUUGUUUUACCUUACGCAUUUCUCCAUGAAGUCAUCGACUUCAUUUGCCAGGAGAUAUGUGACGCACUUCUGAAGCCUUUUUUCUUCUCAUUUAAACGGCUCCCUCAAGUGUUUUCCAAUGUUACCACUCCGGUGUUUUAUUCCUGUGGGAAUACAGGAGGCUGUUAGGAGGCUUUUUGUAUGACAUCUGUUUAUGGUGCAGUUUCCACCAGCAUUUAGGAACUUUUUUGUUUGUAAAAUACCAGCUUGAGACUUUGAGGAUAAAUCCUGUUUUGUUGCUGUGAUCUGCAGUCAGUUCUUUGGCAUGAGAGUACUCUGCGAUCCAAGUGAAACUAGGCUAUAAGAUACAAAUUUGUGAAGUUUAGCUUCAACUAAAGAUAAAGGAGUAGAAAUCACAGAGACAGACUGUGACUAAAAUCUUCCUGAGUUAGCAUAAAACAAAACUUGAUGGUAAAUGAGGGAGAAUACUGGAGCUAUUAUAUGUCUGUUUCACUUGGCUCUUGGAUUACUGUCAAAUUAAAGAAUGUAAAAGAAAUGUUAAGUGUCAUUAAACUUUCCAAAGUUAGAACUUUAAGGAUAACUUCAGCCCCCAAAUAAUCAAUAUAUGUAUAUCAAUUACUCACCCCAUGUUAUGUUGACUUUGUAAAGAAAACUUUGUUCUUGUUGCUUGCCUCCGCAGUAAAACCAAAAACCAAAAACAUAAAAAAUUUCUUGAUGAAUUAAAGACAUAGGGGUCCAGCAUAAAUAAAAGCAAAACUUUAUCAAAACAUCCAUCUACAAAAACUCAGACAACUCAUGAAGUAUAAUCCAAGUAUCUUUUAUCCAGUCAUAUACUCAGUACUUCCCAAACAGACAACCCUUUUUUUAUGCUCUCUUCAAAACCAGACUCCAUUUACAAAAAUGAUAAUU